UAAAACCUGAUUGUGAUCUAAAGCCUGUCACUCUACAAUCUGGACCUGCCCUCUCUGGAUAAUCCAUAGUCCCAGAAGCCAGCACAGGCAGAGCGAAGGGAAGGGGGACGGACGCGCACACACACACACACACAGGUGGCACAGGGACACUUAUUGCUGAAGUGUGAAGGUGUGCCCACGAGAACGAGACAGGGAGCAAGAGAGAGAGCGAGAUCAACGUCAAACAACACUCGCUACAGAGUCUUAACCGUUUUUGUGGAUUUUUUCUCGGACAUGGAGUUACUUGUUUCAAGAGAGAAGCCUGUUCUAUGCUCUGUAGGAGCAUAUUUUCUCUGCUCUCACUUUUGGAACUGAGAGGGACGUCUGACAACACACAGAGAGGACUUGAGCUCAGAAUUGGAGUGUAGGACUACGCAUCUGUGUUGGAGAAGAAGAAGUGAAACAGGAAUUCGACUUGUCAGAAGACUGCAUUAUUGCUAGAUUUCUUUGCAUGCAGCUCGACUGUGGACCGGUGAAAGGACAGCGGUGCUGAUAGUGACGUUGCAAGAGAACUAGUGAGGGGAAGAAGAGGACCGAGACUGGGGGAAAGAGAGAUUAGAAAGGAGAGGGAGGGAGGAAGGAAGGAAGCACAUGACAUGCAUUGCAGGAUUGUUGCACAUCGCCAUCCGUUGUCACUGAGUCAGAGAGAGAGUGAGAGAGAGAGAGCAGUUGACUGACUUCAGACUGCUGUCAGUCACACCAACACCCUGACUCUAUAACAACCACAACACACCUGCUCUGAUGUUGCCACGUCGAUUACAGCACUCUGGCACCAAGGAGUUGCCACGCCCAGGAAGCAGACCUGGCCCUGUGUCGCUGUGAGGGAGGCGUGGAGCUGGCCCUGCAGUAUGCCAAGAUGUGGUGCCGCUACGCCAAGGACCUGCUGGCCUGGAUGGAAAAAAGAAUCAGCCUGGAGCAAGAGUUUGCCAAGAACAUCGUAAAGGCAGCAGAAACGGCUAAGUCCUGUGUGACUCAGCAGGACAUGAUGCCUCUGCAGUACAUCUACACCAUGGCCCUGGAGCACGAUGUGAAGACCAGCCAAUCUACUAAACAGACAUCAGAACUGCUGCAGCAACGCUGCUACCAGGCCCUGGCAUCCAAGAAGAAUGAGAUUGAUAAGUGGCGCAGGGAGUUCAAGGAGCAGUGGUCCAGAGAACAGAGGAGGAUGAAUGAGGCGGUGGCGGCUCUGAAAAAGGCUCGUCAGCAGUACCUGCAGCGCAGUGAGGACCUGGAGAAGACCAAGGCUGUGACGGCCAAGGCCGGGGACGAGCUGACAGCGGGACACAAGACCCUGGACAAGAGGAGGAAGUCACGUGACGACGCACAGUCAAAGGUGAUAGAGGCAGAGAUGCAGUACAGACAGUGUGUGUGUGAGGCCCAGGACCACCAGGACAAGCUGGAGAGCUUGAAGGAGAAAAUCAUCGUUCACACCCGCAAACUCAUCUGCCAGGGGGACACUGUGCUCAAGGAGGCCACAGUGAACAUGUUCUACUUCCAGCGUCAGCAGACAGAGCCGGUUCCCCUGGGUUACCACAACCUGGAGUUGACCUGCAGGCCGUGUGAACCCGGGGAGCCCUACCUGCUCUACAUCUUUAGGAAGAGAAGCCAAGAACAGCCCCUACAAACCUUCACCUUCCAGGAGUUUGUCCCUCAGAACAAAAGUGGCCGUCGUAAGACCAGCAACCCUAGCUCUCUACAGGACUCCUCCCUGCCUGAAGAAAGUCUGGUUAAACGUAAGGGCUACAGUGACAGUGAGAGCAUCGGAGGCAGUCUGGAGUCUCUGUCCAGCCCAGCCCAUGGCAACAGGAGGCUUCCUAAAGCCCCCUCCACAGGGACAAUGUCAUCAGACGACCCGGAUGAGAGGGACAUAGGCACCGUCCUGGAAGGAGAUUGUGUGGACUCCACUCCAGAAGGGAACGGUACGGCGGGGAAGGUACGGACUACGUCCCGAGCCGCACUGACACACCGACUCAGGAAGAUGAAGAGCAAGAUGGUGAAGUGCAAACAGUGUGACAAUUACAUCGUGGUCAACGGCAUCGAGUGUGAGGAGUGUGGCAUGGCGGUUCACAGGAAGUGUCUGGAGGUGUUACAGCAUGAGUGUGAGAACAGGAAGGGUGUUCUGUUUGGGGUGGGUUUCUCCCUGUUGCCCCGGGACCGGCCUGACGAGGUGCCCUUCGUGGUCCAGCGCUGCACGGCCGAGAUAGAGAGCAGGGCCCUCACUCUACAGGGGGUGUAUCGUAUCAGUGGGUCGAAGCCUCGCAUCCAGAAGCUGUGUCAGGUCUUCGAGACCCAGAAGGACCAGGUCGACCUCUCUGACCUUUCACCUCAUGACGUCACCUCAGUCCUCAAACACUUCUUCAAGGAGCUUCCAGAGCCGCUGUUGACCUUUGACCUGUACAAUGACUUCAUCUGGGUGGGCAAGGAGAUCCAGCGUCUCAGUGAGAGGGAGGCGACAGCAGAGACUCCUGGGAUAGUGGAGGACCUCACAUAUAGCCUGAGAGACCUGCUGGGGAGACUGCCCCCAUACCGCUACUACACAGUGCAGCAUAUGAUGCGUCACCUCCACAGAGUAUCAGAGAACUACGAGGAGAACAAGAUGUCUCCCAGUAACCUGGGCAUCGUGUUUGGUCCGACCUUGCUGCGCCCGCUGGUGUCUGUAGACGUGUCCAUGGUGGCCCUACUGGAGACCACCUACCAGUCCCUACUGGUGGAGUUCCUCAUCACACACCACCAACACAUCUUCGACGCUCCACCUCCCGCUCCCACCACCCCCCUCCCUGACACCCCUCCCCGGGCGACGUGUUCAGGCGGGGCCCAGAAGAAUGUUGCAGGGGCUGACCCUGGCUCUCAGGACCCCCCUGCUGGAGGAGCCUUGUCCAGAGAACGCCCCCGCUCUCUAGAGACUCGCACAAUCAAGAGAGACUUGAGUGAGGGUUAUAUAUCUGACAAGUCGUCGUCCAAUGAGGCAGUGGACCAUCUCAGCCCUGAAGCCAAUGAGAGAGCAGUCGUGGCUGUGAGGGGGACAUCAGCAGAGGCUGCUGCUCUGGGUGAUCUGGUGUGGGGUCCAGAAGCAGGGGACUCUCCCUCUGUGGGGACCCAGCCACAGAGCCACUUCAGUAGGCAGCCUGUCAAAUACCAGCGCCAGCCCACCCCGGGUCUCCGCCGCUCUGCGGGCACUACCAGGGCUGGGCUGCUCGGGGAAGAGGAGGAUGAAGAAGAGGAGGAUGAAGAGGAGGAGAGGAGGAGAAACCAGUCGAGGAGCGAAGACAGCAGUCGUAGCCCCUCCCCUGACCCUGGUAGCCAGAGAAGGAGAAGCCUUCGAUUGGAGCUCCACCCCGAGACCACCGCCUACCACCUGCUCAGCCAGGCUGGAGGCCACGCACCAGAGAAUCAGACAGAAAGAGAGAAGACACGCCCAUAUGAGGUUCCACAGGGCAGACUGCGGGCGGGGACAGUGGUAGUAGAACCCUCAAUAGCUGCAACAGCAGUAGCGACACCGAGCACCGGUGCUCAGGAGGCGUGGCUUAGGAGUCGGUUAGCCACAUUGUCUCAGCUGAACGUGAACCAGUCCAAUAACAGUCAGGGGUGGUUGGGUGAGAGGCGGAGACAGGGCGGAGAGGAGGGUCUGAGUGGCCCGGCCCAGAGAAUCCUGUCAGGACUGAAGCUCAGACGCAGCCCCUCAGGACUGCAGCAACACUUUGUCUGAGGAAGGAUGAAACUUUAAACCAUAGAAUUGGAACCACAUUCGAGAAUGGACAUUCCUCAUUCAAAUCACCGUUUCGUGACUGGCAGGAUUCUAUUUCUAUGGUUAAACCCCUAGAAGGGAUGAAUUGUACUGUGUAACUUCAAAUGUUUUUUUACAAAUACAGUGAAAAUGUACAUCCGCUCAUGAUUAUUCCAGAAUACUCAUAAAUACAGAACAUACAUGAUUACUCCAGAAUACUCAUAAAUACAGAACAGUACCAGUCAAAAGUUUGGACACACCUACUCAUUCAAGGGUUUUUCUUUAUUUUUUACUAU